AUGUCAAACAAUCCAAGACAUAAUACUACUUCUACAAUGGUUUACUUAAGGGACCGUUUGCCCGAAUCCCAAUCAGAUGAGCCUAUUUUCCCUUCAAACACGAUAAUGUACACGAAUUACUCUUCCAUGGAUUUUCAGCCCUCGGAUUCGAGCACAUCACAGCAAGAAAUACUCUUGAAUUUCAACCAAUGGAAAGACAAUAGGGAGGAGAUCCUAAUGAUGCAACCGGCCAGCCAAAAUUCAAGUGUUCAAGGAUUAUCUCUUAGCCUCAGCACAAACGUGCAAUCCGUAUUACAAAUGCCGUCCAUUCAUUACAAUAAUCCUGAUUUUUCUUCUGUUUUGGGGCAUGAUGGGCUGAUUACUAGUGAUAAUGGAGAUGGUUAUCAAGUGAAGCAAACGAGGGAUGAGGAUUUUGUUCUCCCAAGCAGUAGUCCUAAUACGGGUAUAGUGGCGAAUGAGGUCGCGCCAUUUGGCAGGGCAGUACCUGAUUCGAAGUACUUGAGGGCAGCUCAAGAGUUGCUCGACGAGGUUGUUAGUGUGAAGGACUUUAGGGAGCGAAUUGCGAAAAAGGAAAACUUGAAGGACUCGAAAGAAAACGAGGGGGAUUUGGGAAGUCCUUCGGGUACGCCUAAGGCGAGUGGGAACUCUUCGUCGUGUGAGCUCUCUGUGGCUGAAAAACAGGAGCUGCAGAGUAAAAUGUCAAAGCUUUUGGCAAUGUUGGAUGAGGUCGACAGGCGGUACAGACAGUACUACCACCAGAUGCAAAUCGUGGUCUCCUCGUUCGACAUGAUAGCGGGCCCCGGUUCUUCCAAGCCUUACACGUCACUAGCCCUUCAGACAAUCUCCCGACACUUUCGCUGCUUACGUGAUGCCAUAAAUUCUCAGAUUCAGGCGGCUCGUAAGAGCCUAGGAGAAGACGAUGCUUCUUCUUCAGGCGAUAAUAAGGGAAUCGGCAUAUCAAGGCUGCGUUAUGUGGACAAGCAGCUCAGGCAGCAAAGGGCUCUUCAGCAGCUCGGGAUCAUGCAACAACACGCGUGGAGGCCCCAACGGGGCCUUCCCGAGACAUCGGUUUCCAUCUUGCGGGCAUGGCUUUUCGAGCACUUUCUUCACCCGUAUCCAAAGGAUUCUGAAAAGCUCAUGCUGGCUAGACAGACAGGAUUAACAAGAAGUCAGGUCUCGAACUGGUUCAUAAAUGCACGAGUCCGCCUCUGGAAGCCCAUGGUCGAGGAGAUGUACAAAGAGGAAACGGGAGAUGCUGACGUGGACUCAAACUCUUCGUCCGAGAAGACAAACACAAAGGACAACAAACGCGAAGACUCCAUGGGCCCACGCCCUGUGGAAUCAAACCCCACCAACCAAAUGACCGAUAAUACAGAGGGCCCGGAUGAGAUGCCCGCCUUUCGAGGGGAUUAUGGGUCAGGAAAAACGAGAAACGGGCCGAAUGUUUACGUGUCGUCAGCCACAGGUGCCGCCACUUACAACAUGUCUGAGCUCGGGAGAUUCGGUGGUGUAGACCCCGUGUCGCUUACGCUGGGGUUGCAGCAGGGAGAAGGAGGUGGCGGGUUGAACAGUCACGGUUUUAAUCCCCUAAGAGAAGGUGUAGGGUAUAACGAUGCAGCUGCUGCAGCCAUGGCCAAUGAGGCGGCGGCGGAGUUUGAUUACAUGGAUUCGGGAAACAGGCAGCACCCGUUCAUGUCCUCACUCCUUCCGUCCUUCUCGUGA